CUCAUGAGUUUUGCGACGACGUUUCAUAGAAUAACAUGAAUACUUCUUGCCUGUCAGCAUAAAUAUAUGGGCUACAUCCUGGUCUAGGUUAUGUAGAUGUAUUUGUCUCAUAAAUUAACAAUGUGUAGGUCUUCCAAGGUAGGUAACCGAGCACAGGAAAAAGCAAGCCUCGAUGGUGUAUUUCAUACGUACCGCUGCAGAUGUAACGCCGAUGGCGAAUCUUGGGUUUAGAUGAAUCGGGCUGCUGGUAGCCAGAGAGCCGAGCAGGUCUCUCAAAGCCACCGUUAUCGUAAGCCAGCUCAAUGAUCACACGGACAUCCACUGCCUUGGCUCUUGGGUGGGUUUCAGUUUAAUUUUUGUGCUAGAGCUAUAUGGUUCAAGAUGGCCAUCUCCCAGUUCCGCCUUUUCAGGAUUUGCACGUGUCUUGCAUGGCUGUUGUCGUUCUUUAAAAGAUUAAUCUGCAGGUCCGGAAGGUUUCGAAAGCUCAGCGGUGAUCAGAUUUCUUUACCGACAACUGUAGAUUUCUCAGUACCCAAACAGCCAGAGAUUGAGCAGUGGAGCUCCUGGGAUGAUGACGCCCCAACAAGCAUCAAGAUUGAGGGUGGCAACGGUGCCGUGCCCCUCCAGCCCAGUGAGACUGAGGGGGAGCCUGACUACUUCAAAGACAUGGCCCCCACCAUCAGGAAAACGCAGAAGAUCAUCUUGAAGAAGCGGGAGCCCCUGAACUUCUCAUUGCUUGAUGGGAGCACCGGUUUCUCCAGCCGCCUGGCUGUCACGCAGGACAUGCCUUUCAUCCAGCCGUCGGCUGAGUUGGGAGACCUGGACACCUGGCAAGAGGAGACGAAUGCUUGGGAGGACGGGUCUGAUGCUACAUGGGAGGCAGAAGAGGUGCUAAGGCAGCAGAAGUUGGCCGAGAGGGAGAGACGGGCGAUGGAACAGCAGAGGAAGAAAAUGGAAAAGGAAGUGCAGAGACUGAUGAAAAAAGAACAGAAAAUAGCGGUCAAGCUUUCCUAACAGUGGAGGCACUCUGGUCAUGAUUUAAGUUAAGGGAUGUCAUGGAUUUCUGCAUUGUACCCUGCUUCAGUAGAUCAGAUCCUCAUAAAGCUACCUGUUAGUUACUGCUUUGGAGACAGCCAGGAAACUGCCAGCAGCGGGCCUGCUUUUCACAGCAGACAUUUCCCACAAUUUUAGGGGACUUUUUAACUGCUUUGUCUUAUCACUGGAUGUUCAGCUCAUGGAUGAUGACCUUCCACCCAUCCUGUUCACUGUAUAUUGUUAUAUCUUAUUCACUUUAUUUAUGGUGUUAAUAUUAUUUAUCUGAGGAUGCUAAUCCUUCUGUGCUCACACCCAGGUUUUUAGAGUACGAAAAUGUGCACAACAGUGGUGAUGAUGAUGAUGAUGAUUGUGGUGUUAUUUCCAGUUUAAUUGAUCUGGUCAUCAGCAGACUAAGUGCUGAUUUCUAAGCCAUAAUAAUGCUGUGUUGUACCAUUAGGCUGAUGAAGUAGAGGUCAGCGUAGGGUCCUGCAGUGAGAGCUCAAGGGAGUUUUACUUUUUUUAAAUGUUCUGAGGGCAGAAGGAACAGAGAUUGGUUCAGAUUGUAGAGGAUGUGGGUCCAGGCAACUAGAGGAGGCAGGACCAAGACAUCUGAUUGGUUGGUCCCACCUCCUCUACAGUGUGAUUGGUUCAGGGAUUGGUUCAAUGUUCCUUCUGCCCUCAGAAUGUUUUGGUGUAAGUAAAACUCCCAUGAGCAUAGUGGGAUGGUGUACUGACCUGCUGUUAUAUCACUUCUACUCAGCCAGAGUGAAGGCUUCCCUAGCAGCAGAGCUGCACCAGUAUUUCACACUGCAGGAGCUAUUUCUGGGAGGAAUUCUGCGUUACUGCAAGCAAUGAACCCCAUAAAACAAGCUGGAAAGAAAAGCAAUUUCAUGUGCUCUGAAGAACAGGUUGUCCUAAUGGCAUGAGUGAAGUGGAUUUUUCUUGUAUCAUGUAUCUUUGGACACAGAAUCUCUCACUGCCCUGGCAGCUGGCUCUUCCAGUGACCAUGCAGCACAAUAAUUACUCUUGGAGAUUAUUUUGCAUGUGAGUCCAUACCCUUUGUCAUCCCUUUUCCUCUGGAUUGAGGCUGGAGGAGGGGGUUUAUAUCUUCAUUUAGCUGUUGAGAGAAGCCAGAUUUGUUUUGGUUUCGGCCACAUCUCCCAUUCUGUGUAUGGUGAUUUUGCUAUUGGCAUAAAAGCAAAGUAACCAAGUUUCUAACUGAAA